CGCAUCUGUGCAGUUUCCAGAAGAUCUGGCGAGUGGUUUUCUUCCUUCCUUUCUUUUUUUUUACCCCUUUCUUCUUCUUCUUCUUCUUCUUCUCUUCUUCACCUUCCAGACUGUUUCGUGGGAAUCCACACCCGGUUAUUCUCUACAGUUUUUAUCACCUGGUGUGCCUCCUCACCAACCCUACUGCCUCUCCCCCACUCGGAAGAGGUUGACCGAUUGUUGGGGAUGAUCUAGAUUGCUUCUGAUGGGCCCUAAGGAGGAAAACCCCACGAUCCACUUCUCUGUCUGAUGCUACAGAGGUUUGUGGGCCCUGAAUUCCAGACCCUCCCUUCAGCGAUGGCCUCCUAAAACUGAGAAGGGCUCAGCAAGUCUAAUUGAGGACUUUGACGGUCCCUCAGCCACCAUGAAUGGAAUAUCACCAUGACUUCAUGGCCUCCUGCAGUUGGGGAUCCACCGUCUGGUUGUCUUCUACCCACAAGUCGCCACCGAUCAACCCAGACCACCCUAGAACUUCUCAACCAAAGAGUUCAGGCCCACACAUUUGUCUAUCCUGAACUUGUGACAUGGAAAGCAGUCACCAAAUGUUUGUCUCCUGUUGCUGAAGAAGCGAGAAGCCUCACCACAAUGAAGUUCUUCUAGGAACUUAGCAUGUUUGGUCCUCGCCAAAGAAAGACCAACUGGCUGUCCCUCGGCUCUACAAAGCCCUUAGAUUGUCUGGGGCGCCACCAGAUUCCUCGACAGACCUCCGAAAACCCAUAUCUUCUGAUAUUCCAGAGAUCCAACUCAUCUCCAAUUCUCGGGACCUCCAACUAGACGACACAGAGCCUUGAGGAACAUCUACAGAUAACGCCUGAACCAUUGCUUUGUUUGUAGCUGGAAGACUUUUUUGGGGUAGGUGGGAGGGAUGUUUCUUAUAUAGUAGGAAGAGCAGUGAAUCUGUGCUCGGAAGAUUCCACAGGCUUCUGCCCAGACGGAUAUUUUUUUCCACACACAUUUUUUGCACUUUAACGCCGGUGACUUUUUCUAAACUUUAAUAUAAUCGCCGCCGCAUGUUCAUUACCAUUAAAGGUUGGGCUCGCCCUACAGCUAGUUUCUUCCUGCUUGGAAGGACCUUGAAGGCGGCUGCCGAGAAGCCACCUGAUUCCUCCUCAGUGCUCCCGGGAUUUGAUGCCUAACGAAAGCCAAACAAGCCGGCAUUAGCAAAAUUGGAAUUUCAGGUUCAGCCGAACCGGAGGCAGCCGGCCAGAGAAGGGAGAACGGCUUGCCAGAUCGAUGUCUGGCUGCCCGGAGGGAGCCAUGGAGGAAUGAAGUUGGUCCAGGGUGGAGCAUAGCCAUGUAGAAACGAUUUCGGCGGGGCUGGAGAAAUGCACACGGGGACACGGAGGUAACUGCAGCCCGACUGGCCGGGGAGAAACAUUACAUGAAUGUCCAACGGAGGCAGAUUUGAGUUUGAUGAUGGAGGCUGUUAUGUGGGUGACUGGGAAGAGGGCCGGGCACAUGGCUACGGGGUGUGCACAGGCCCGGGCGCCCAGGGGGAGUACAGCGGGCGUUGGAGUCGCGGCUUUGAGUCUCUGGGCGUCUACACUUGGCCCAGCGGGAAUACCUACCAAGGCUUCUGGAGUCAAGGAAAGCGCAGCGGCCUGGGCACGGAGCGGAAGAGCAAGUGGAGUUACAAGGGGGAGUGGUGCCACGGGCUGAAGGGCCACCUGGGCAUCUGGGAAAGCCACUCGGGAGUCGUCUACGAAGGCAUGUGGCGCGAAGGUCUUCAGGAUGGCUACGGGAUGGAGACCUACGCGGACGGAGGUACUUACCAAGGCCAGUGGCAGUCCGGCAAGCGUCAUGGAUAUGGAGUACGCCAGAGUGUCCCGUACCGUCAAGCCACCCUGGUGCGCUCCCCACACCGGACUUCCUUGGAGUCUCUCCACAGUGAGGCCGAUCACAAUGCCCCUGUGGUACCACUCCCUCCUCCUUCGCUGCCUCCUCCACCACUCCCUGGGGACAGCCCCGCCUCAGGAUCCAGGGGUGGCUUUGUCUUAGCUUUCCCUGGAGAUCCGGACUUCCCCAAGGGGACCAAGAAGAAGAGCGGAGGGUUCUUCCGGCGUUCCUUGCUCCUGAGCGGGCUAAGAGUCCGGAGGGCCGAGUCUAAAGCCUCAUUGGGCAGCAAGCGAGGGUCCCUCAAGAGCGAGGCAGGGGUCAGUUCAGCGGGAAGCGAGGCCACCACUCUCAGCUAUGCCGAGACCGAACCUCCUGAGCUGCCUUCAACUCUGACCAUUGAAGGUUCUUCCACCGAGGUCUACGCGGGAGAAUGGCGGGCCGACCGGCGCAGUGGCUACGGGGUGAGUCGCCGCUCCAACGGGCUGCGGUACGAGGGCGAGUGGCUGGGGAACCGGCGACACGGGUACGGGCGCACCACCUACCCCGACGGUUCCAAAGAAGAAGGGAAGUACAAGCUCAACCGGUUGGUGAGCGGGAAGGUGAAGAACCUCAUCCCGCUUCGACGGAGCAAAGUCAAAGAGAAAGUGGACCGAGCAGUGGAGGUGGCCCGGAGAGCGGUCAGCAUGGCUCGUCAGAAGCAAGAAUUAGCCAUUGCCAGGGCUGCAGAUGCUCGUCUGAAGGCUGCUGCUGCCCUCGGGGCAGCUGAAAAGGCUCUAGAAACUUCCCGUUUGGCCAAAAUUUUGGCUCAAGAACUACAGCCCAUUCUAGCUGAUUCAGAGCCGCGGGGUCGGUUAGAUUCGGAAGGCACCGACACCGAUUUCCACGAGUACGACAGCCCUCACAUCUAUGAGAAUGGCAUCACCCCUUCCGACGUUACCCCGGAUCCGAGCUUACCGCCAAGUUACCCUCCCACUCCGCUGCAACCCUGGCGGGGGGACCCUCGGCGGACUUGGCCUCCCUUGGAGAACGGGGGUCCUCGCCAGCUCUUCCCCGAAGCCUCGGAUGUAGAGGAGGAGUGGGGUUCGCGGGGUAGUUUCCCAUCUCGGACACCGCGGCUCGUUCCCGAGGGGUUGUGGGAAGGCGAGGAGGAACAAGGGCAGCUGAGCAGCUACGAAGCCGAGGAAGAAGAUUACGAGAGGGUCGCUCAGCACCCUCAGCCGGGCAGCCCAGCUAGCGGCAGCUCAGGCAGCCUCCGAGAAGAGGAGGAAGAAGAGGAGGAAGAAGGGAACGCUUCAAAGACUUAUCCCAAGGGGAACCAGGACGAUACGGUACCCUUGGGAAUUCCGGUUGAUGCAGAACCGAAAAACGAGGAAUUGUGCAGGUCUUCUCUUCUGCUGGAGGGACCAGAGAGUCUACAAGCAGUCCAAAGGGGGAGACAGGGGUCUCACUUGCUGGUUGUGGCGGCUGUCUUGUUGGUGGACGUCAGUCUGGCUUACCUGUUCUCCAUCCUCCUGGCUUGAGACGAGAUGAUGGAGGCAGGAGGAGCCCUUUGUCCCCUCUCCCCUGUCUCCCCUUCCCCUUUUCCUCCUCUUCCUCCUCUUCUUCCCACCCCCACCCCAAAGAAGUUUGAUAAACAAGCUUUGAUCUCUUCCUCUCUUCUC